CAAACAAUAUUAAUCUAUUUUCAAUUCGACCAGAGACUUUAAACAAUAACAAAAGUUUCCCAUUUGACAGUAAACAAAGAGUAUAUUUUUUUGUAUGUGUUGUGUCAAAUACAUGGUAGUGUGUGUAAUGUUUUCUUUAUUUAUUUAAAGUAUCUUUUAUGCAUUAUUUUAAAAAAAUAUUAGCAUUAUGCACUCCUUCUCUAUAUUCUCUAUAAGUGUGGAAAAUUUCAUACUCCUCCGUCCGCGCAAUUUUUGUUAAAAGGGAUACAAAGUUUUUGCUUCAGUGGCAGUGGGCUGGCCAUAUAUGCCGCAGGACUGACGAUCGCUGGAGCAAACGGGUUCGAGUGGAGACCGCGCAGCGGAAGACGUAACGUGGGACGCCCCCUGGCUAGAUGAAAGACCGUGCCGGACCGUCGAGAAAGAGGGGACGUCCCGCUGGACGAAAUCGCGUCCCGUUAUCCUUGGAAGAGCGUCGCAACCGCAACGCACAGUACGAACGAGAGCGUCGCGCGGUCACCGCGGAGGCGACCCAGCAGUUGGCUGAGGCCGCCGGCUGUUCCCCAGAGACUCCAACUGGAGACCUUCUUCUCCAUGUUGUAGCGUAUUUGCAUCGGAAUAUGCAACCACGUCUUGGUGAGGAAAUCGCUGACUUGCGUCGAAGGAAUACAUUAUUGAAAGCUCAAAUUAUACAACUGGAAAACCAGCUAGCUAAUUUGGAAGCAGCUGAUAAUGACAUCAACGAUCAGCAACUCGCUGCACCGUCAGCGUCACUCCCGGGACCCAGUUCGAUUCCGGAGCAUAAUGAGCCCGAGCAGGCUGACACACUGAUCAGCGAAGAGUCCGGGGCAGAGAUGCACUUGCUAGACGACAAAUAGUGAGUACAUCGACCCAUCAGAAGUGGUGAGAUUCAUCAUUUCAUUGAUUCUUUAAAACCCCGCUACACGCUUGUAUUGAAGAGAGCGGUAGUGUUAUAAUUUUAAAUAAGACUAUAAAUGUAUUGUAAUUGAACAUUUGGAUCCAUCGCUUCUAACUUCUAGUUUGAUGUGCCACUUAUCCGACCUGAUGUCGUACACAAUUAACACAGGCGUAUACGUGGACAACCAUGCAAAUAAGCAUCUAUAAACUAACAUUUCAAAUGUUGUAUUCGGAAGAACUAAGUUGUUUUUUUAUUACAUCCAUCGUGCGAAGUAAUCGUGGCACACAUACAAAUAUUAGUUCUUUAUCGGGAGAGGUUAGAAGUAUCUUCAGCUGUAUGCGGCAGCUUGUGUGCGCCCUUAUUACUCGUAAUGCUCGCAUCUACAAGGGACGACGACUACAGUACUAUGGCAUACCAUGAGGAAGGAUACGUAUAUCUAUAAUAGAUUAGGACCAAUUUGACAUGUUCAAUUAAACUUGAUUUUCGACCUAAUGUCGUGUGUGAUUAAUUUGUGAUCUAUUUUGAUGAAAAAUAAAGCUAUAAAAUGUUAA